CCGAACCUUCUCUAUCCGCUUCUUGUCCACACCAUAAUAUUAUAAUAUUAUUAACAAUAAAUUCACAGCGUAUCUUCCUAAAAUCAAAAAUCACUCUUUCUAUCUCGAAGAUCUGAUUCAAAUCAAUUCCAUCUUCUUAAUCGUUGUUUGAUCGUGAUUCCUUUCAAAUACAUAUAGUUUGAGGGGGAAACCCCUGAUCCGUUACAAAACAAGGGAAUUUAUUCGAGUUCUAGGGUUUUCUAUCACCAGAUAGAUAUGGCGCAGAAUCAAGGUGGCGGUGGUGGUGGUGGUUUCUUUUCGUCGAUCGCUUCAAGUUUCUCCAGUUUUAAGAAUCAAGUUAACGGAUUACUUGGUUACGAGGGGCUUGAAGUUAUUAACCCCGAGGGAGGCACUGAUGAUGCUGAAGUUGAAGCACAAAGAGGCAGAUGGAAGGGAGAGGAGCGUGAUAGUUACUGGAGGUCAAUGCAGAAGUAUGUAGGUGCUGAUAUCACAUCAAUGGUGACUCUACCUGUUCUCAUUUUUGAACCCAUGACAAUGUUACAGAAAAUGGCAGAGUUGAUGGAAUAUGCCCAUCUUUUAGAGCAAGCAGAUAGUUGUGAAGAUCCAUACAUGCGAUUAGUAUAUACAGCAUCAUGGUUUAUAUCAGUAUAUUAUGCUCUACAACGAACCUGGAAGCCUUUCAAUCCAAUUCUUGGUGAAACAUAUGAAAUGGUUAAUCAUUGUGGCAUUACAUUUAUUGCAGAGCAGGUGAGUCAUCACCCUCCAAUAAGUGCUGCACAUGCUGAAAAUGAGCAUUUUGUAUAUGAUAUAACUUCAAAGGUGAAGACCAAGUUUCUUGGUAACUCUGUUGAUGUCUAUCCUCUUGGAAGAACUCGUUUGAAGCUAAAGAAAGAUGGAGUAAUCCUAGAAUUAGUACCCCCUCCCACAAAAGUCAACAAUUUAAUAUUUGGAAGAACAUGGAUUGAUUCCCCUGGGGAGAUGGUUUUGACCAAUUUGACCUCAGGAGAUAAAGUUGUCCUCUAUUUUCAACCUUGUGGUUGGUUCGGUGCUGGACGUUAUGAAGUGGAUGGAUAUGUAUACAAUUCAGAAGAAGAACCAAAAAUAUUAAUGACAGGAAAAUGGAACGAAUCCAUGAGCUAUCAGCCUUGUGAUUCUGAAGGGGAGCCUCUCCCAAACACUGAACUCACACAGGUAUGGAAAGUUGCUGAGGCUCCAGCAGAUGAUAAAUUUCAGUACACACAUUUUGCACAUAAAGUAAACAGUUUCAAUACAGCACCAAAGAAGCUAUUAGCAUCAGAUUCCCGCUUACGACCUGACAGAUAUGCCCUUGAGAUGGGUGACAUGUCAAAAGCUGGUUCGGAAAAAAGCAUUCUGGAAGAGAAACAGAGGGCGGAAAAAAGAAUAAGAGAAACAAAGGGGAAAGAAUUUGUGCCAAAGUGGUUUGACAUGACGGACCAAAUUGCCCCUACACCAUGGGGGGAUUUGGAGAUUUAUGAAUACAAUGGGAGAUACUCCAAACACAGAGCUGAAGCUGAUAAGUCAAGUAGUGUUCAAGAUGUUACAAUUGCCAAUACAGAGUUCAACCCUUGGCAGUAUGGAAAUGUUGCUGAAACUGAUUGAUAAUUGAUUCAUCACCAGUUUGUCUGUUUAAUUUUGACA